AUGAAGGCGGCUCUGCAUAGGGAAGUUAAUCAAGUCAACUCAUCACCCUUCACCGAUGAUGUGGAGCAAGCUACACCUCCAAAGAGGUUCACAACACCAUCCAUCACACCGUUUAAGGGGGAUUUUGACCUUGAGAGCCAUUUAAAGCACUUCAAGAGUGUUAUGAUCCUGUACAAGACAGAUGACGCCCUAAUGUGCAUGGUGUUCACGAUGACCUUGAGAGGAGCAGCUCAGGAUUGGUUCCACACUUUACCAUCUGCAUUAAUCGACAGCUUCAAAGAGUUUUCCCUCGUUUUCACAAAGUAG